CCCCCAAUCUCCUUCAAUCUCCCACAAAAUCCGAUUAAAUCCAUCAAAUUCGAUCGAAAUUCCCAAAUCAAACCCUCCAAAGAUGAGCUACUUCAACAGAGUGUGGAUGGCCGCCAGCGUCGCCGUCGUCAACGGCCACUCCGAGCAGGGGCAGAAGCUGAAAUCCGGCCUCAAUUCCCUCAACCACGGCAAGAAGCGCCUGCUCUCCUCCUCCGGCGCCGAUCUCCGCCCCUUCUCCAGCACCGACAUGGAAGGACUCGCCGCCGCCGCCGGAUCCGGCGAUCGGAGGGCUCAGGCCGACGAUUCUCUCCGGCAAGUCAUGUACCUGAACUGCUGGGGGCAGAGCUGACCGCCGGAUUCCCCACUGCCCGCAGGGGCAGGAUUGUAAUUUCAGCGAUCUGCCGAGUUUUGGAUGAAUCCGCUGAGAUUAGUUGGAUCGGCGGGUCGGGUCGGGUGGGUCGGGUCUCCGGAUCGGGAAUAUGGGGUGGUAAAUUGGAGAUAUUGGGAGAUGAAGGACUUGAUUGUAAAUAGUGUAGAUUUGUGUAUAUGAUGACUUGUAAAGUUGUAGCCUCAACAAUAGAUGGGACAAUGAAGUUAAUUAAACCUAACUUUUGUUUUUUUUCA